AAGCGCGCGUGUGUGUGUGUGUGUGUGUGUGUGUGGGUGUGUGUGUGCAGGUCGACAGAUAAAUAGAGAUGAGGAGGCAGAGAGAGCAGAGUCGUGACGGACCAGGACCAUGUACUCCACGAUGCUCCUGCCGGUGAUGAUGAUGAUGAUGAUGAUGCCGCCGCCGUCGCCCGCGCUCACCUUCUUGGAGACGGACCCGGCCACCGGCGCGCGGCUGGAGUGCGACAGCUGCGCGCCGGGCACCUACCUGCGCGCCAGCUGCACGCCGACGCAGCGCAGCGUGUGCGCCACGUGCCCGCCGGGCUCGUACACGGAGCGGUGGAACUACAUCCGGAAGUGCCUGCGCUGCGGCGUGUGCGGCCACAACCAGGUGGUUGUGUCCGCGUGCGCCGCGGACCGCGACUGCCAGUGCGAGUGUAAGGCGGGAUUCCACGGCAGGGGGCGCUACGACGUGUGCAUGCGCCACAGCCAGUGUCCGUCCGGACAGGGGGUGCUGACAAGAGGUACGGCCGAGGAGGACACCGUCUGCCAGGUCUGUCCCAACGGCACCUUCUCCGACGCCGUCUCGUCCGUCCAGAACUGCACGGAGCACCGGGGCUGCGCCGCCGCCGCCGGGCUGCAGCUGCUGCUGAGGGGCUGCACCUGGCACGACAGCGUGUGCGUCAGCUGCACGGAGCUCAGAGAAGGAGGCAGCUACCUCCGAGAAAUCCUCCCAGCUUUCUUCGUCCACCACAAAACGACGACCAGGCGGCUGCGACGGGUCGUGCACAACCUCCCCACCGAGGACGGCAAGAAGCAGACCGGGCUGUCGGCGCUCGGCGUCGAGGAGCUCAACGCCCGGCUCAGCGCCUGGGUGGCCUCCGCCGGCGAGAGGCAGAUCCGGCAGCUUCCGGAGGUGCUGUCAAAAAUAGGGGCGCAGAACGCCGGCGAGCGGCUGCAGAGCAAGCUGCAGAGGAUCGACUCGCACCUGAACAAGCUGUGCGGCGCCUUGGGGAACGAGGUGGACGGCGUUUAAUGUCGGAUUAGGACGAGGCAGCAAAUGUCUAUAAAUAUACGAAUGCAAGAGUUCGACUUGUCGUAUAAAACAAAUAAGUACGUAUAGUUCUAGAGUUUUUUACUUUUGCAUUAGUCAAAGGAGAAUUCAGAUUUCCUCGUUCUGUCCUGUUUCAGAUCGUCUGAAGUGAUUUUUCUUCUGUUUAUUCUUGACACAACGAAUCAAACAAUCCAAACGCAGAACCGAACCCAACCUCUGCACACAUGAGUUCAGGAUGUUCAGGUCGGGGGGAUGGACAGGGACGAUUGUAAAGCAAUCUACUUUGUACACAUUUUUACCGUACUGCAAAUUUAAGUUGCAACAAAAAUCCCUGUUUUUUUUUACCGUUUAAAAAAAUGAAAAGGUGUCAUCCGUCAGUAAAUCUACCUCUUCUCGUGUCUGCAGUUCGAACCCUGACGUGCCUCUGGUCCACUGGUCCGUCUCUGUCUGUGUGAUGAACAUUUCAUGUGAACCAAGAUGGUAAUUUAACUUAUUUAUGUGACAUCAAUAGUCUAUGAGAACAGGGCAGCAGUUUUAUUUUGUUAUUUACAUUGUAUGUAAAUAAAUUUGUGUGGCUGAUUUAUACAAUGCCCAAAUAAAAGUCAACACAAAUAGAA